UUGUAAUUUAACUCUUGGCCACGUCCACCGGCCACGUCGCCCCGUGUUCGCCAUAUUUCUUGGAGGAAUGCGCUGGAAAAGUGCAGAAACCCGGUUAAAGCGGAUUUCAGGCGUUUCACACUUGGAAUAACAGCAGACUGAAAGCUCGCCAUCUCAUUUUACCCCCUUAAACACAUUAAACUAAACAGAAAAGCCACAAUGAACAUCUUUAGACUGGCUGGAGACCUGUCCCACUUAGCAGCUAUCAUCAUCCUGCUGCUGAAAAUAUGGAAAACCAGGUCCUGCGCAGGAAUCUCUGGGAAGAGCCAGAUACUCUUUGCCUUGGUUUUCACAACACGCUACCUGGAUCUCCUCACGUCCUUCAUAUCCCUCUACAACACAUGCAUGAAGGUCAUCUACAUCGGAUGCGCCUAUGCCACUGUCUACCUGAUCUAUAUGAAAUUCAAAGCCACUUAUGAUGGGAACCAUGACACUUUCAGGAUUGAGUUCCUUAUCGUUCCAGUUGGAGGUCUGGCCUUCCUGGUCAACCAUGACUUCUCUCCAUUGGAGAUCAUGUGGACCUUCUCCAUCUACUUGGAGUCAGUGGCCAUUCUGCCUCAGCUCUUCCUGAUCAGCAAGACAGGAGAGGCUGAGACCAUCACUACCCACUAUCUGUUCUCCCUGGGGGUCUACCGUGCUCUGUACCUUUUCAACUGGAUCUGGAGGUUCUACUUUGAGGGCUUCUUUGACAUGAUCGCCAUCGUGGCUGGGGUGGUCCAGACUAUCCUGUAUUGUGACUUUUUCUACCUUUACGUCACAAAAGUGCUGAAAGGAAAGAAGCUGAGCCUGCCAGCGUAAGAGUGCCAAAUAACAGAGACCUAUGUCACCAAUCAGACUCGCAGGGGGGCAUGGGCCAGUAAUUCCACAGCAAGAGGCCGAAGACAGAAAGCGUAUGUGAAACUGUUGCUGUUUUUCCUUUUUUUUUUUGUGAAACGUCACCUGGAUUAAAAAAAAAAUGAAACAGCGCCAAGAGCUGCAAUGAGGAUUUCUCUCGGAUCUGGCAACCAAGUUUUUUGUGUUCAGCAUCUUGCAAUACCUUUUUAGUGCUGUAAAAAACAAAAAAAAAACAAAAAAAAAAAAAUCUAACUUUUCUAUGUGAGGUGUUCUACAGGAUGAAGCACCACAUGUUAAAGAUUGACUUGAUUAAAAAAAAAGAAAAAAACCCUACAAACUCUGCUUAUUACAUGUACUUUUGAAUAUUCACCAUCUUGCCAUAUUGCCACACAUUUCCAAGGAUGCUGAAAAGCAAACAUGUUCUGAAAUAUGUAGAAUAAUAGUAACAACAGUUAUUUUACAUCCCAUGCUUUUUUGUUAUUUUAUAUUAUUUUUAUAAGUAUUUUUCACGUUUUUCCAUCAGCCAUAUAACAUAAAACAACCGCAAACACACACACAUUCACUCAAAUGCCUUAUUUCAGCUACACUAUGUAUGUACAGUAUAUAAGCAGAGAAUCAACCCCCCCCCCCGUGUAAAUGUAUUUGUGUAAAGAGGAGAAUAUGAGGAUGUUUUGUACUGCCAAUUCAUUCAGCACUGAGUUUGUACUCUUUACGUAUUGGCUCCAGAUUACUGUGGGUUUUGUAUCCGUUAGGGAUUUAGUCAUUCAUCAGUGGUCAUGGUGUAACAUACAACAUGCACAACCCAGGCUAUGGUAUAAUACUGAUAAUAGGAUCUUGCAGCUUAAUAUUUGUUGUUCACAUGCAGUAAUUUAUUGCAAAAAAGGAGAGGCCAUGGGAUUGAACAUGGUGUGCAUAUGAGCAAUCUGGAGUGUGUGUAUAUGGCUUUCACAGAAUACUUACUUUUUUUUAGGUUAUUAAGAUGCUCAUUUCUAGGUUCAACAUCAUAGAUACGUCCCCUGACCUGAGUCAUUCCUGUAGGGUUUAAUUUUUUCUUUUUGUUUCGUUUUUACAUAUUACCACCUCCAAUAAAAAAAAAAAAACAUUUUACAGGCUUUA